AUGGCUAAAAGGGGUCGAAAAUCGGACACAAGUCCAAAACCUAAAAAGACGACGACGACGAAUAAUAAUAAGAAAAUCAAUACCACCGGAUCAUCUAAAGGCCGUGGAAGAGGUCGUCCAUCAACGACAACUAAAUCGACAAAAAUAACUGAAAAAACAUUGACCAAAUCAUCGGAUGAUUUAUCAAACGAAUUAUUAUCGCCAAUAACAAAUACGACCAAAGCCAAUAAUAAUAAAUCAUCAAAUGUCAAAAUUAGUAAAACAUCCAAAACAGUUUCGGAAUCAAAAUCUAAGAAAACAGCAAUUAACAGUAAACAUGAAGAUAAACUUGUAAAAAAUGAAAUUCCUGUUAUUACAAACAAUAAAAAAACAUCGAUCAUUGAUAAAUCAAAGCCAAAAAAAGCACAAAAAGUUACGAAACCAUCAUCGACCACCAACACCACCACCACUAAACGUGGCCGAAAACCAAAAUUGAAAGAUGUUGAAAAGAAUAAAGAAUCAAAUUCGAAGAAAAAAACAAAUCGAUCAAAAGCCAAACAAGUAAAUUUUGAAGAUGAUGAAACGGAAGAAGAAGAUAAUUAUGAAAAUUAUGAUCAACCUAAUGAAAUGUUGAAUAACAUCAUUCAAGUACCUGUAAAAGAAACAAAUAUUGAAACCACCGGUGAUAUGUCUUUAGCAUAUGGAUUUGAUAAAAUUGGUGGUAGUAAAACAUUAAAUACCCUCGAAGAGAAUCCCAUUAUACUUGCCAAAUCAUCAUCAUCUUAUGAUCAUCAUCAUUCUGUUAAUGCUCACCAUUUUGAUCAUUCUAAUGAACAAAAUUAUCUUGGUUCAUUGUACAAUAAUAACAAUAUGAAUCUAAUUUCAUCUUCAUCCACAUCAGCCUUUUCAUCUGUUUCAACAGCUAUGCUGCACAAUCAAUUUGGUGCAAAUCAUUUAACAACAUCUUUGCCAAGUUACACUAUGACUUCAUCUAAUUUACAACAUCAUGGCCAUGAUAUGAACAGUGGGCCAACAUCUUUAGUUAAUAUACCUGUUUCUCCGACAACACCAACUGCCCCUGUUCCACCAACAUCUCAACAUCUUCAUCAUCAUGGUCACCAAUCAUUACUUUCACCACCACAAAAUCAAAACAAUGCAUCCGCAGCAACCAUCGCUAAUGAUCCGUCUCAUGAUUUGCCAAAUGAAUUAUUACAACAAGGUUGGCGAAAAAUAUGGAGUAAACGUGAAGGACGAUUUUAUUUCUAUAAUAAAAACACUAAUCAAUCAAUAUGGGAAAUGCCAAAAUUGUCAAAUAUUUUUGAUCCAAUGACUGAUCCAUUGGGAAUACAAUCAGCCAAUAAUCCACCAGUUAGUCAAUUUCAACCACCAAUUCAUUCCGAUCAUAUAGCACCACCAAUUUAUCAAACACUUAACCCAGCAUUUACACCAUUUGCUCAACACAAAAAUGAUGUGAUGAGCAAUGAUAAAAAAGUUAUGAUUGGACCAUUUGAUUUUGAAAUUGAACCCAAUUGUUAUAUUUGGGAGGGAUCGUUUUUUUACUAUUUUCAUCCACAUCCGGACAUUGAAUUAGCCAGAUUUAAUUGCGUUCACAAAUUACGACAACAAUAUUGGGAAUUAUGUCGUGCUCGACAAACAAUCGAUCCUCCAAAAGAUUCUUUUACAAAAUGGAUUAUCGAACGUAAAAUCAUUGAUAAAGGAUGUGAUCCUAUAUUGCCAUCCGAAUGUAUAAAUGAAUUAUCUAAUUGGCUUUAUCAAGAAAUCAUGAAUGAUAUUCCAAUUAAAUUGAUUCGACCAAAAUUCAGCGGAGAAGCUCGUAAACAAUUGUCAAAAUAUGCUGAAGCUGCAAAGAAAAUAAUCGAAGCUCAUCCUGUUUCCAGUCAAAGUCGAAAAAUUGUCAAAUGGAAUGUAGAAGAUGCAUUUGAUUGGAUAAGAAAAACAUUAAAUGCAACAUUUGAAGAUUAUAUCGAACGAUUGGAACACCUGAAAAGACAAUGUCAGCCUCAUAUUAUUGAUGCCGCUAAAUCAUCUGUUGAAGCAAUUUGUCUAAAAAUAUAUCAUGUUUCAGCGGAAUAUGCUCGACGAAUACGAGAAAUGAAUCUUGAAAUUGCUAAAAAAGAAGAUAUCAGAGGUAGAGAAUAUUCCAUAAGAAUGAAUAACAAAAAGAUUGCUUGCUAUCCAGCCUAUCUUAUGUAUCCUUGUCCAAAACUACCCCCUACAUUAAUGAUCACUGAAAAAGAGACUGUAAUUCUUCGUUGUAGUAAGAAUGCCGAAAUUUUACGAUUGAACACCAAUUAUCUUCAAAAAUUAGAAAUGUUAUAUUAUUUCAAUUGUCGCGAUGAUCGAAAAUUUAACUAUUUCUUAACACGUGUUUGGUGUCUUUUGAAAAGAUAUCAGAGUUUUUACGAUAAGAAUGAAGGCCUCUGUUCACAGAACUCUCUUCCAUUAUCCGUUUUCGGAGCUUUAAACAAACAUUUUGGCGUUACUUUUGAAUGUUUUGCAUCACCAUUGAAUUGUUAUUUUCGACAAUAUUGUUCAUUUUUUCCAGACACUGAUGGUUAUUUUGGUUCCAGAGGAUCGAUACUUAACUUUUAUCCAAUAUCCGGUUCAUUCCAAGCAAAUCCUCCUGAUUCAGAAGAUUUGAUCAAUGCUACUAUAACUCAUUUUGAAAAAUUAUUGGAAAAUUCUAUGGAACCACUAUCUUUUAUCAUAUUUAUACAAGAAAAACCGGAAAUAUCAGAGAAAUUAAUCUCCAGGCUAGAAAGUAAUAAAUUUAAACGGAUGCAUUUGACUUUACAGGCAUCUGAACAUGAAUAUAGGCAUGGUUUUCAACAUGUUUGCAAUCCAAACGAAAUUCGCGUUAAAUCUCUUUAUAAUACAAUUGUUUAUUUCCUACAAAACGAUGCCGGAUUUCUUAAAUGGGGCCCAACACCCGAACGUGUCGAAGAACUUGUCGAAUCUUUCAAACUCGACCGUGACAAAGAGGUAAUUUAUUUAAUGAUGUUUUGGAUGAUUUAAUUUUUAUAUUUUUUUGCUCCAAUAGAAACACGACGAUCACAUCGUAAAUUUAUAAAUCGUCCGAUACAUACAUAUCCGGAUGAAAUGACCGAUGGUAUGAUGGUACGUGAAGAUGAAGUAGUUAUUGUUGUUAUUGUUAUUGCCGCAUGGAUUGGUUGUAUAUUUAUUUUUUUUAAUAAAUGGGGCAAAAUAAGAAUGCUUGAACCAUAUCAACCACAAUAUAAAGAAUCAUUUCCUAAUUCAAUGCAUUCAUUACAUCCAAAAACAUCAAGAAUGAAUACAUGUACAUCGGUACCACCAAAUAUGAUUUCAUUAGAAAGUCGUGGUAGUUUAAUACCUGAACGUGAUAUAAUGUUUCAUCAUAAUCGUAUGAUUGAAAGUGGUCAAUUAUAUCAAUGUGCAUCUGGUACUACUUAUCAUCAUCCAGCAUAUAGGCCAAGAUUAAAUUCAGUAUUUGUUGGUAAUCCAUAUCAUCGUAAUUCAUUAUAUCCAGAACCAAAUAUGCCAAGAAAAGUUAAAAGUGCAGAAGAUUUAAAAUCAUUAGUUGUCCAAGUAAACAAUAAUGUACCGUCCACAUCAACAUCAAGUAUCGUUUACGGCGUUGUUUAUACACUUGAUAAAGAUGACAUUGAUAAUCUAGAUCGACAAGAAUCUGGUUACGAUCCAAUAGAAGUAAACAUAAAAUUAUAUGAAAUAAAUGAUCAACCUAUGAUAAAAUGUCGUACAUAUGUACAAAAAUCUAAUUAUGCUAAUGUCAAUGUAAACGAAUCUAUUCCAAGUCGAUUAUACAAAGAGAUUAUCAUCAAAGGUGCUAAAGAAAAUAAUUUACCCGAAAAUUAUAUUGAAAAUGUUAUUAAAACAUUUAAAGAUAAUGGAAUUAUUGAAUGUGGCCCAUCUGGAUUGAAUGAAUUUCUCAAGAAUUAGAAUUGUAAUAAAUUUUUG